AUGGAGGCAAGCUCGUGCGUACUUGAUGAUGCAGCUGAAGAUAUGAAAUUGACGGUGUACUUGAAGGAAAAGCAGAAACAUAGCUCCGUAGACGGCGCACCAAACCCUGCUUCAGCCAGACAUGCACUGCCACCAUCUUCAGCAGUGGCUACACCGAGUUGUACCGCUGAGGGUAGCCUGGAGCAAAUCAAAGUGGGUUCUUUCUAUGAAAUAGACCACUCGAAGCUCUCAUCUUCUACGCCAGAACAACUAAGGGCAAUCCGGAUAGUCAUGGUGAGUGACAAGGAUGAAAUCAAUGUAUCCUUGAGAUACCCAAGUGUCUACUCGCUUCGCACACAUUUCCGUAACUUCGAGAAUCCAAAUGGAAAAGAGCUUCCUGGAUUAAACGAGAAGUAUAUAAUGAGUUCAAACGUCGCUGGAGAUGUACUCCACCGGAGAAUACCAGCUACGGAAAUUGCAGAAAGAAGGAAUUCCUGGAGUUUCUGGACUGCACCGUCCGAGAACGCUGAUAGAGAUCAAAGCUCGACUUCCGGUGGUGAGGUCAACAAUGCAUCUUCUAAGAAGGGGAUUUGCUGGUCAGAACUCAAGUUCACUGGGAUGGUCCAGUGGGGUAGCCGGCGGCAAGUUCAAUACAUAGGUCGGCACGAAGAUAAAAAGAUUAUAGCUUUGUCGAAAUCGUUUGAACAAGAAGAAGCAAAAAAUGAUAGUUUAGGGGAAGGGGAAAAGAAAACAGAUCAGGAGAAUGGGGAAGAAAUAUUUAAGGUGGAAGACUCGGACGGGAAAGGGAACAGCCUCAAGAGGAAGCGCUAUUGCUCUAGAAAUAUUCAGAAGAAUCUCAAGAAAUCAACUCCUGAAAAGAAAAAUGGGUUAAAACUUCGUAAUACUGGUAAGAAAAAAGAGCUGAAGAAAUCCAUUGAUAGAUGGUCCGUGGAAAGAUAUAAAUUGGCGGAGGAGAACAUGCUGAAGAUUAUGAGGGCCAAAGGAGCAGUCUUUGGGAACCCAAUUCUAAGGCCAGCCUUGAGAGCUGAAGCUCGAAAGCUGAUUGGUGAUACGGGUUUGCUGGACCAUCUACUGAAGCACAUGGCCGGAAAGGUGGCACCUGGUGGAGUUGACAGAUUCCGUCGCCGACAUAAUGCCGAUGGUGCAAUGGAAUAUUGGCUGGAGAGUGCUGAUUUGAUAAAUAUCAGAAAGGAGGUUGGAGUGCAGGAUCCAUAUUGGACACCGCCACCUGGAUGGAAGCUGGGUGAUAACCCUACUCAGGAUCCCAUUUGUUCCAGGGAGAUCAAGGAGCUCCACGAGGAGAUUGCCGAAAUUAAGAAAUAUAUCCUAGAACUGGCAUCUGCAAAGCAACAAGAUUUAAAUAUCGAGACGCAACCGAAUUCCGAUGUUACUCCUACGAGUCUGGACCAUGAAGAACAUUCCUUGACUGCAUUAAAGGAAAUCUACAACGAAUUGUUGAAGAGAAAAGCCAAAAUCGAGGAGCAGCUAAUACAAAUUUCAGAAUCACUGCAUGGAAUGGAGCAGGAAGAGAGAGGAAGAAGAAAACAAGUGCAGGAGGGGGUGGAAGAAGAGGGUAAUAUGGUGGGAUACAUGGUCGCAAAAACAGAGGACAAGGCAGCAAAGAUCCGAAGGCUAAAGAGUGGGUUCAGGAUUUGCAAACCACAGGGUACGUUUCUAUGGCCAAACAUGGCAAUGUCCCCUCACUCUGUAAUGCAGCAGGUGCAGGAUGAUCCCGUUGUGGUCCCAACGCCACCUUCAGCUUCCUCAACCACGGCCGCACCACGCCUCUCACUUUCACCCUCACCCUCAACUGGGCCCCACCCCACAUCCCCUGUAAAGCCGUUGGCCAGGCGUCCAGUCGGCACCACCACGAUCUCAAAUCUCACAAGAAGGCCUAAUCUCAUCAACCUUAAUGAGGUUCCUCCUCACACCCAACUUUGCGACCUUGCACUCUGUGGGACACUGACCUACCAAAGAAGGAACCCCAACGCCACUGCUUGCCAUGAUUUGCCAAAUUUGGUAUGUGGAAAGCAUGAGAAUGACGGCGUAGAAGGGAUGGAAUGCUCGGGCUCAGUUUCCUCCUCCACUCCUUCGUGGUUGUUGAUGAGAGAUAAGUGGCUGUUGGAUCUUGCAACUUCUAAAUCAUCUCUGGAUCCAUUUUCUGAAAGCGAGUGACUUGAAGAAAAUCACCUUGGUUUGGUUAGUUUUAAUCACUGGGUUUGGUUUGGGGCUUAAAAUAUAUAUAUAGUUUUAUUUUUAUAUCAGGCUAACUUGGUUUGGUCAGUAUCUUAAGAGGGGUGGGUGGUCACUUGUGCUUUUUUGUUGGUUGGGGGCGGGGAUCACGAUGCUAUACCGUAUUACUACAACUACAGUGUUGCAGAACCUAAAUUGAGAAGCAGAGAUUUUAAGGAAUGGUGAUUAUGAUGAUGGCGU